UUGCAUUUGCCUUCGGUGGUUCACAAAGUACUGAAAGAUUUUAAAAAAUAAGCAAAGGAAGGAGAAGGAGAAAGAAAAGGAGAAAGAGAAAAGAAGGAAAAAGAACUGUUUUGAAAUUGUGAUUACACACAAGCUAAAAAUGUAUCUGUGUAUUUAUCUUUUCAUGUUCAUCAUACCUGUGGAACUUAAUGAAAGUAAUCAGGCAAAUGAGAAUACAGAAAAAGGUGGACUAUGCAACGCAUGUACAUGGAGGCAAAAUACAAAAUCUUCAAGAAUAGAAGCUAUAAAAAUUAAGAUCCUCAGUAAACUGCGUCUAGAACAAGCACCUAACAUUAGCCGGGAUAUUAUAAGGCAACUUUUACCUAGAGCUCCUCCACUGCAAGAACUGAUUGAUCAGUAUGAUAUCCAGAGAGAUGACAGUAGUGAUGACUCUUUAGAAGAUGAUGAUUAUCAUGCAACAACUGAAACUAUUAUUACAAUGCCUACAGACUCUGAUUUCCCUAUACCUGUGGAAGGAAAACCCAAAUGUUGCUUCUUUAAAUUUAGUUCUAAAAUACAGUAUAACAGAGUAGUUAAAGCCCAGUUGUGGAUAUACUUAAGACAAGUCCAGAAGCCUACAACAGUAUUUGUGCAGAUCCUGAGACUCAUCAGACCUAUGAAAGAUGGUACAACUUCGACUGCAAUUCGAUCCUUGAAACUUGACAUGAACCCAGGGACUGGUAUUUGGCAGAGUAUUGAUGUGAAGACUGUUUUGCAAAAUUGGCUUAAACAACCUGAAUCCAACUUGGGCAUUGAAAUCAAAGCUUUGAAUGAAAAGGGAAGAGAUAUUGCAGUGACAUAUCCAGGAUCAGGAGAAGAAGGCUUGAAUCCUUUUUUAGAGGUCAAGAUUACAGAUACACCAAAAAGAUCACGCAGAGAUUUUGGGCUUGAUUGUGACGAACACUCAACAGAAUCUCGAUGUUGUCGUUACCCAUUGACAGUGGAUUUUGAAGCUUUUGGGUGGGACUGGAUUAUUGCACCCAAAAGAUAUAAAGCAAACUACUGCUCUGGAGAAUGUGAAUUUGUAUUUUUACAAAAGUAUCCACAUACUCAUCUGGUACAUCAAGCAAAUCCAAGAGGUUCAGCAGGCCCUUGCUGCACACCUACUAAGAUGUCCCCAAUAAAUAUGUUAUACUUCAAUGGAAAAGAACAAAUAAUAUAUGGGAAAAUACCAGCUAUGGUAGUAGAUCGUUGUGGCUGCUCAUGAAUUCUGCAUUAAGUUUGCUGCUUCAUAAAAUAUGGAAUUUACUUAUAUAUGUAUAUAUUUCCUUUCAGCAAUUUUGGAAACUGUGAAUUUUUAAACAAUAGGCCUACCUCUCAUAGGUUAUAUUUUAGGCUAUUGUAAAGAUUUCCUAACAGGCAAAGUACAAUAUAUGAACUGAAAGACAUUUUUUUAUGCAAGUGGUGUUUUUUAAUCAGUGAAUAUGAUAAGCUACAAUCAACCCCUCAAGAUUUUGUGAUUUACUUGCUAUGAAAAGAGCUAUCUUUUCAUUUAUGCAUACACCAUAAUCAUACAGUAACUUCAACAAAUAGAAAUAGAUAAAAUAACUCCUCCUUGUAUUCCAGAGAAUUAAAAGGAGUUUACUAAUAUAGUACAUAGUCUUAACAAUUUAUUUUACUCUUGUAUUUACACUAGAGGAUAUUCUGGCAAAACACAGAAUGAUGAGUACCACUGAAUUGUCCUCAAACACUUGAACUGAUUUUAUAGUAUAAAAACAGAUAAGAUGAAAUUCCAGAGAGCAAACAAAUCCACAAAUUAUGAUAACUGCAUUGUCUUUUCAUUCCUUUUAUAAUUACUACUUUAAUUAUUUUCUGGCAAUGGUGCUAUCACAGUAGAUUCAAUAUGCACUCCUAACUAUUUGCUGCAAGAACCCAAAAUAAGAUUACUGCAAUGUAGCUAAAUUGAAUACUGUAGUAGAACUAUACACACCAAGAAGAUUUCAGGCAUUAAUGUUCAGGAAACAUAAAGCACAAUAAAUAGAAUUCUCAAUUAUAAUUUAUUAAUUAUUCACAAAGCAUGGACAUUUUAAUUAAAGUUUGUGUGUGCUUAUGUGUGGUCCUUAUUGUAGCAAAUAUCUACUGACAAUUACAAAAGCAAAAGCAAAAUUGGUUCUUUAUUAUAAAAUUAUUAUAAACAUACUGCAACAUUGUUUGCCUAAUGACAUACAAUUGAUAAAAUUAAUAAGCACAAUACUGUAAAAUAAAAUGUUGAUAUUAUAAGUUUUGUUAUUAUAUACACACACAAAAUACUGUAUUGUAAAUAAAUUUUUAUUUUUUAUUUACUCUGAGUAUAUGAUGUGCCACAUGGGUUUGUCUUUUUCUACCACAUAAAGUUGUACUUAGAUUACUGGUAUGUUAAAUUGUUUUAUUCUUUUGCAAUGAGAAAGCGCAGAUAUGCACAUUAAAUCUUCCAUAGUACUUAUGACUUCACUCAAAUAUUCUUAGUUUUUUUAAUAUGUACCCUACUUCAUUCAAAGUUAACAAGAAUGUUAAUUGGAAGAAUUAAUGGAACAUAGUAAUUGUUGAUAUGGAACAUCAGCAAAGUAAUCCAUAAGAGACUUUAUGUGGUCUGUUUAAGGAUGCCCUUGCAGAUAUAGGAAUAAUGUUUUAUACUUUGCACUAAAACAUUAGGAGAAAAAUUAAAUUAAAUCCCAGUAUGGACUUCCAUAAAAUUUGAUCUGCAUGAAGGUUUUAUUUUCCAAAAUAAAGGACUAUUGUGAUGGGUGAAGCUAAACUCUUCCAUAAAAUCUCGAAAAAGCAUUUUCAGAACACUACUAUUCCUCUUUAUUUGAUAUGUUUUAAAUCUAAUUGUACAAAUAAUGACCUCUGUAUUGAUCAAAUUAAAGCAAAAUCAGCUUUUUCAUAGCCUGUAAUAUUGCUCACAAUGUAAAACUGAUGGCAUUUUUUCAAGUGCUAUAAUAUGUUAUUAGAUUUAUUUUAUAUGUAUGUAAUAAACAUAUGUAAUACACAUUUUUGUAUAUUUUGCUCAACACAAUUUACAUACUGUAUUUCUUCUCAGGAAUAUUAUUUUAAUAUCAACUAUGACUGAAA